AAUCCUGUGCGUGAGUAAUUCCGGGAAGCUCGCCUUACAACUGCGCGCGGCUCCGGCCCCCUGCGCCACCCGCCCCAUAACAAAACUCUGAGCGGCCGUCGCUGCGCGGAGCCGGGUACCCAGUGAACUGCGGUCCCGAUCGGAGAGGAGUGGGGCUCGAGGGCGGCCUGGGACCGCCACCGCGACAGCUGCGGGGACAGCUGCGACAAGCGCGCGCGGAGCGCCGGGCCUGGCGGAGAGCGGCCUCCAGCCCAGAGGGCACCUUCUGCAAAAAUGUCAGUGGAUCCCUUAUCCAGCAAAGCCCUGAAGGUCAAGCGCGAGCUGAGCGAGAACACGCCGCACCUCUCGGAUGAGGCGCUGAUGGGGUUGUCGGUGCGCGAGCUGAACCGGAACCUGCGCGGUCUGUCGGCAGAGGAGGUGACACGGCUGAAGCAGCGGCGUCGCACACUCAAGAACCGCGGCUACGCGGCCAGCUGCCGUGUGAAGCGCGUGUGCCAGAAGGAGGAGCUGCAGAAGCAGAAGUCCGAGCUGGAGCGCGAGGUGGACAAGCUGGCGCGCGAGAACGCCGCCAUGCGCCUGGAGCUCGACGCGCUGCGCGGCAAGUGUGAGGCGCUGCAGGGCUUCGCCCGGUCGGUGGCCGCCGCCCGUGGGCCCCCGGCUCUGGUGGCGCCCGCUAGCGUCAUCACCAUCGUCAAAUCAGUGCCAGGCCCUGCCCCCGCUCCUGACCCUGCCCCCUGCUCUUAGUACCCACC